AUGUCGGCAACUCCCCAGGGGUAUGGCAUAUCCUCGCAAUAUCGUCCGUUGCGGCCAUAUCCCCAGGGACAGAUGACGCUGGAGUCUCAACCUCUUUCGACUCCGGACAAUGCAGCCUUUCAGCAAUCCUACAGUUACCCGCGGAACUACUUCCCACAGCAACAGCUUUCUGUCCCCGAUACCUUCCCUCAGUCGUCUUCCUCCCAGAGCGCUUCCUCGCUGCCUUCUCAACAGACUUCCUACCAUAACGAUGUUGCUUCCUUGGGGCUUGAUUCAUACUCUCUUCCGGCUGGUUUUCCGGAUGAUUCUUUGGUUUCGAUGCCCUUCCCUAAUGACUUCCCCGGCGAUACUUCGAAUCUACCUACACAAAAUACGAUCAACCCCCAACUGGUAGCGCAGCAGCAGAUAGGCUUAACGGGGCCCCAAUCAGGCACCCAGAAUACGUCAGUGAACAACUACCCAUAUCUCAACAUGUCUGGCUUUGAGCGCACAAAUGAGCCAAAGGGAUUCGAUUACUUUCGAAAUGACCUACAAAUGCCAUCGGCAAUGGGUCAACAGACCCUGAACACCCGACACAGCAUUCCCCAAGGUUCUAACAUUCAAACGGUGUCGGUAAAUGGCCAACAUCAUGCGCUACCCCAGUUUCCUGGACAAACUGUAGAUGCAACAAAAAAGCAACUCAAGAAGCAAACGAAGAAGGCGGCCAAAAAAGCCUCCGGAAAGAAAACGGAUGGCAAGGCGCCGGCCACCUCCAGCUCUGAGAGUGAGACUGACGAUUCGGAUCUUGAGAUUGUAUCUCCCGAAGAGCCCUCUCCCAUUCCCCCUACUCGCCCUGCUGAUCCCGAAGCUGCUAUUCAAUACGAUACUCUCCAAGCGGUGUGGUCGCCACGUAAUAGAAGGCCCAACGUCGACAAAGUCAAAAAUGCGCUCGUCGCAUUCAAAGAUGUCGUCAAAACUGUAAGGGACGCAUGGAAAGAGAAAACCCAGGCCAUGAAGGCGGCGGAGAACAAGAACGAGAAUGAAAGAGCGGCCCAGAUAAAGAAAGAAGUCCUUCUUCAGCGACGGCUGAUGAAUGUGAUUGUCAGCACCACCUUGGAGAAGGGCCACCCCAUGAUUAUCGAGAAGCUGGGUGAGCAUCCUAUGGCGGUUGCUGCGGUGUAUUCGUUCCUGUUGGACCGGCAUCAAGCUGCUGACAUCGACGGUGAAUUCAAUAUCAAUCUUCUCAAGCUGCUUUCCCGCUUUGUAACCAUGGACGAGGAUGUUCUUAACAAGACAAAUGUCGCUAAGCUUCUACCGAGAUUUGUCAAGAAGGGGGGUCCCACCGUCCGAGAGCUUUCCCAGAAGAUCUUGGAUAAUGCAGCGGCUUCCACGAAACGGAAGCAGGACGCAGGGAAACCCUCGUCCAAAGAGAGCUCGCCCAGUAAGACUGCUGCAACGGACGGAUCGAAUGCGCAGAAGAAUGAUUUGGCUGGCCUCAAGCGACCCCGCGAGGGCGAGGGCCAUGCUCAGCCUGCGGCAAAGAAGGUGGUGGUUCCGUCUGGUGCCAAAAAUGCUUUGAAGCCAAGCACAGUCAGCGCCAAUGGGUCCUCCAAGCGCCCACAAGAGCCGGGCCAAGAGAACAAGGCAAUUCCGACAGUUUCCCGCCCAAAGGCCAACAUCAUUGCCCCUAAGCCUACGAAUCUUUUCGGCAGCCUGAGCUCUGCAUCCAAGAGACCGGGGACCUCGAAUGCUGAGAGAGCGGCCGCAGCGGCGGCAGCUGCAAAGACAAGCACUCCUGCUGCAAAGAAGGAACCUCAGCCGGCGCCAUCCAAGCCAACAUUCUCCUUUGGCGAUCUCAUGGCGGAUCUCAAUAAACAAAAGGAUCCCACGCCGUCCGAACCUGCCGAGGAAAAGACCCCUGAGACUGAGGAAGAACGCGAGAAGCGAUUGCGUAAGGAAGCUCGGCGAAGGCUGCGGGUCACUUGGAAACCGGAUCAUUCUCUUACGGAAGUGCGCUUCUUCACCCAUGAUCCUGACGAGGAGCUCAGUCCUGGCGACCGCUCCAGAGAAGCAGGGGAUGUCAAGGGUGAAGGCAGCGUUCUCAAACUUCAUCGGGAUCUGGAUGAGUUGGAGGAGGACGAAGAUGGCGGUAUUCGCGAGGAGAAUCUGCUAGACUACCACGAGACUUCCGGUAACUUCCCCGUGGAUCAUGGGUGUGUCUUGACGCCACUAACGGGUGCAGAAAUCGACCUUGCGGAUAUUGAGGAUGGUAACUAUAUCAAGCGGGGCGGCGCCCAGCAGCCUGUCAGUCCCGAAAAGACCGCACAGGAACACAGAGAGGCCACUACGCUCAUGGUCUUUUACACGUGUCCCGCCGAUGUUCCACCAACUCCUAAGGAGCCCCCUCCAUAUGACGCUGAAGAGUCAGCUGCUGAAGUGCUCUCGUUUGGCGAACUCCCCGACCAUGUGAAGGCACGACAAGAGCGAUACUAUGCGAUGGUCAACCCGAACCGUGCUGCGACUGCUCAGCCCGCUCCUCAGAAUCCGCCUAAUGGAGCUCCAUUUGACAUUUCAAAUCUACUUAAAAUUCUUCAGAAACCGCCUCAACAAGCACCAGGGCAGAAUUCAACCCCUCCUCCCGCCCCCCAGCCUACGUCGCAACCACCAAUGUUUGAUUUGGAGCGGACCAUCAGCAUGUUUCGUCAGCAACAGCAGCCUCAGCAGCCCGCCCCGAAUCCGCUUCUUCAGAUGGCUCAGUUCCCAGCUUUGUCACAGCCUCCAGCAACACAGGGCAUUGACUUCCAAAAGAUCCUGUCUGUCCUCAAUAAUACGCAGAAUCCGGUGCAACAGCCCCCAGUUCUUCCCCAAGCCCAACAAUCACAACCCGGGAUUGCACCAAAUAUCGCGGCCAUAAUCUCCCAACUUAACCAAACCCAACAAGCGAGUACGUCUCAGCCUUCCGGCCAGUAUGAAGAUCCGGAGCGCAAGCGCAUGCGUGAGAAUGGCGGAUAUGACGGCCACGAUGAUAGCUACGGAUAUCCCAAAAGGCCCAAGUCAGCCCAAGGCUGGGCUGGUUGCCUGUAG